AUGGAGCUCGCUAAUAGCAAAGACUUCCAGUGGAAAACCCUGGCCCCGCUCCCGAGCCGCAGGGUCUACUCGACGCUGGUGGAAGCUGGGGGGUUGCCUCAAAUGAAGGAGGCUCACGUGGCCACCUUGGGCAAGAGGAUCAUGGUGAUCGGAGGGGUUGGGGUGAAUCAGCUGCCGGUGAAGAUAGUGGAGAUGUACAACAUCGAUGAGGGCAAGUGGAAGAAGAGGAACUCGCUGAGAGAGGCAGCCAUGGGGAUCUCUGUGACGGGAAAAGACUAUAGAGUCUACGCAGCCGGUGGGAUGGGAUCCGACCUGCGGCCACACAACUACCUGCAGCACUACGACAUGCUGAAGGACAUCUGGGUGUCGCUGGCGGCCAUGCCCACACCCAGGUACGCUGCCACGUCCUUCCUGCGAGGCACCAAGAUCUACGUGCUGGGUGGAAGGCAGUCCAAGUACGCGGUCAAUGCCUUCGAGGUCUUUGACACAGAGACCAGGUCCUGGACCAAGUUUCCCAACAUCCCCAACAAAAGGGCCUUCUCCAGCUUUGUGCCCACAGAAGACAAACUCUUCAGCCUCGGGGGCCUGCGGCAGGGACGGCUCUACCGGCAGCCCAAGUUCAUGAGGACCGUGGACAUGUUUGACAUGGAGCAAGGUGGCUGGAUGAAGAUGGAGCGCUCCUUCUACCUGAAGAAGAGGCGAGCGGACUUCGUGGCCGGCUACCUGAGAGGCAGAGUUGUCGUGGCUGGGGGACUAG